UGCUGUCAUCGCUUCUGAUCGCAACCCCACCACGCCAUAGUCGCAAGGUUCUUAUAGCGAGGAUGAUAAGCAACCACAAUAAACGUCGCACUCAACCCUCGGCCUCCUCUUCCCGGGUGGUGGAAGACGACAUCUCGACCCGUCUCUUCAAACUUCAAGAUGAUCGCGAAAAGGAGGACGAAGAGCUCGAUCUCGAAGCUUCUCUCUUCGGAAAGAAGCGGAAACGAGCAGGAAGAGGGUCGAGAGGAAGUGGGAUAAGCAAGUCAAAAGCCAAGGCGGAGCAGGAGGAGAUGGGAGGGGAGGAUAUGGGGAUGCCCGGGGUGUUUUGGGAGGAUAAGGGGGAUGAUGUGGGGAUGAGCUCGGGAGGGAACGCCGACGAGAUGUUUUACGAGGAUGCACCAUUGGCAGAAGAUCGAGAAGACGAGGAUGAGCAGGAGGAGGAGGAAAUCGAUUUCGAGCAAGACCUCGAGGCAGAUUCAGUAGUUUCCGCUUCUGAUCGAGAUGAUGAUGAAGACGAAGAGACAUCCGACUCGGAUUCCAACUCGGAAGCCGAUGUUGACGCCGAACCCACUACCACCCCAUCCUGGCUCUCCACCCCCUCCUCCUCAAAACCCAAAUCCAAAAAGCCUCUGUGGCAAGACCCCUCGGACAACCAGAUCUCUCUCGACAUGUCCAAAGACAACCGCCUCCGAAAGCUCGUCCGUUCUCAACCCGGAUCGAGUACGGUCGACGGACAAGGUCUAGAGAGCAAGCUGAGGGAGCAGUUUGAAAAGAUGCAUCCUCAGCCUGAAUGGGCUACCGAGGCGAAAUCCCGAGCGGCCAAGGAGAAGAAUAUAAAGAACAAGAACAAGACGCAAAAGUUGGACCCUCUACAAGCUCUAUUUGCUAGCACGGCUUCUUUCUUGGAUACCUCCUCUACGAGCCUGUCCAACCGGGGCUUGCUUCCGAAAGGCGCACUCGAAGUCCGACGGUUGAGGGAUGCAAACUAUCAGAACCGGACGGUCUGGGAAGGAGGGAACGGGAAGAAGAAGGUGGUAGGAGAAAAGGGCAAGAAGGAGGAAGAGGGCAAGAAGGCGAAGUAUAUGGACACGGGGAUGAUGGAUGUCAAGUUCCACCCGAAGGUCGAGGUCCUUGCGGCUGUUGGUGCGGACAGACGAUUACGGCUGUUCAACAUCGACGGACAUACCAAUUCGUCCCUUCUCAGCCUCCACAUCCCCUCACUACCGAUCAGGAACAUGCAAUUUCACCCAUCCGGCACCUCGCUCCUCUUGACUGGCUCUCGACCAUUCUACUAUACCUACGACCUCCGUUCACAGCGAUGCAUCCGAUCACCAAAGAACCUGCUCUCCAACGCCUCGGCAUCCGACCCGGGAAGCACGUAUUCCAUGGAAAAGACCGUGUUCUCCCCGGACGGAAGUGUACUCGCUGUAGCAGGAAAGAGGGGCAUCGUCACCCUGCUCGCUUGGGGUCCAGGGGGGUCCGGACAGGUCUUGACGACGCUUCGAUCGGGGAGAACGGGUGGGGUGCAGGACAUGAUGUGGAGAAAGGGAGGGAAAGAGUUGUGGGUUCUAGGAGAGGGGAGCGAGGUGGACGUUUGGGAUUUGGGUGAGAGGAGGUGUGUGGCCAGGUGGAAAGACCAGGGAGGGUUUGGGGGGAGGUUGUUGAAGGGGAGUAGGAACGGGGACUAUUGUGCCGUAGCCUCGACAACAGGUGUAGUCAACGUGUACGAUGCCAACGAGAUCACCUCGUCCGUCAACACAUCGAUCGACGCUUCAGAAGGUCUCUUUGCCGGAGCAUCGCCUAGGCCUAUCAGGGAGCUCAUGAACCUUACGACGGAGAUUACGAAUAUCGCCUUCAAUCACGACGCGCAGAUGAUGGCCGUGUCUUCGAGCAAGAAGAAGGACGCUUUCCGCAUGUUCCACCUGCCAUCCGCUACGGCGUUUACAAACUGGCCGACCUCGUCCACCCCACUUGGGGUUGUCACAUGUUCCGACUUUUCGGCGGGGAGCGAACAUGUAGCGAUGGGGAAUACUCGAGGCAAGAUUCUUUUGUACAGCGUCGAGCAUUACAAGCCGCUCGGUGCAUAGGCCGUGGCUUGUACGUAGAUAGAGACAGGCUAGUCCAACUGCUGUUCAGUGUUACGAUGCGCUUGCGAUCAUGACCUUUUAGGAUCGGUGCCCUUCCCUGAGGUAGCUUCUCAGAGCGAAUGAGGAGGAUAUCGGCUUGUCAUAGAAACCCC